AGAGAGAGAGAGGGAGAAAAAAUCCUCUCCGUCGCCCCCUCCCCCUCCCUGAAAAAAAAAAUAGAGGGGGAGAAAAAAAAUAGCGAGAAAGCGAGCGAGAGGAGGGGGUCUCGCGGCGGAAAAAAAUAAAUAAAAUAAAGAAAACGGCAGGAGCGGCUCCAGCCGGCAGCGGCGGCGGCAGCAGGGCAGCGGCAGCCGAGGCGGAGGCAGGCUGCAGGCAGGGUCCCCGCUCGCCCCCGGCUCCUGUCCGAAAGCCGCCUCCCCCCCGCCCCCCGCCCCUCUCCUCCCCGGCAGCCCGCAGCGAGACGCGCCGCUCACCAGCACUUUUUUGGGCCCGAGAUAUGGCAAUGGUAGUUAGCAGCUGGAGAGAUCCGCAGGAAGACGUGGCCGGGGGCACCCCGAGCGGCCCCAACCCCGCCGCGGCGCAGCCGGCACGGGAGCAGCAGCCCCAGCAGCAAGGGGGGUCGGCGGCCCCGCACACCCCGCAGACCCCGAGCCAGCCGGGACCCCCUUCCACGCCCGGGACGGCUGGGGACAAGGGAACGGGCCAGCAGGGCUCGGGUCAGAGCCAGCAGCACAUCGAGUGCGUGGUGUGCGGGGACAAGUCCAGCGGGAAGCACUACGGCCAGUUCACCUGCGAGGGAUGCAAAAGUUUCUUCAAGAGGAGCGUCCGCAGGAACUUAACUUACACAUGCCGCGCCAACAGGAACUGUCCCAUCGACCAGCACCACCGCAACCAGUGCCAGUACUGCCGCCUCAAGAAGUGCCUCAAAGUGGGCAUGAGGCGGGAAGCGGUUCAGCGAGGAAGGAUGCCGCCCACCCAGCCCAACCCCGGCCAGUACGCCCUGACCAACGGGGACCCCUUGAACGGGCACUGCUAUCUCUCGGGAUACAUCUCCCUGCUCCUGCGGGCCGAGCCCUAUCCCACCUCCCGCUACGGCAGCCAGUGCAUGCAACCCAACAACAUCAUGGGCAUCGAGAACAUCUGCGAGCUGGCCGCACGCCUGCUCUUCAGCGCCGUCGAGUGGGCUCGCAACAUCCCCUUCUUCCCCGACCUGCAGAUCACCGACCAGGUGGCCCUGCUGAGGCUCACCUGGAGCGAGCUCUUCGUCCUCAACGCCGCCCAGUGCUCCAUGCCCCUCCACGUGGCCCCUCUCCUGGCCGCCGCCGGCCUCCACGCGUCCCCCAUGUCGGCAGACCGCGUCGUCGCCUUCAUGGACCACAUCCGCAUCUUCCAGGAGCAGGUGGAGAAGCUGAAGGCGCUGCACGUCGAUUCGGCCGAGUACAGCUGCCUGAAAGCCAUCGUCCUCUUCACCUCAGACGCCUGCGGCCUGUCGGAUGCUGCUCACAUCGAGAGCUUGCAAGAGAAGUCCCAGUGCGCGCUGGAGGAGUACGUGAGGAGCCAGUACCCCAACCAACCCAGCCGCUUCGGGAAGCUGCUGCUGCGGCUGCCCUCCCUGCGCACCGUCUCUUCCUCCGUCAUCGAGCAGCUCUUCUUCGUCCGCUUGGUAGGUAAAACUCCCAUCGAGACCCUCAUCAGGGAUAUGCUACUGUCGGGGAGCAGCUUCAACUGGCCUUACAUGUCCAUCCAGUGCUCCUAGAGCCCGUCCCGCACCCCCCGGCGGAGAGAAAACAGGCGCGGAGGAGCGAGCAGAGGCGGCAGCGCCCGCACCGAGGGGCAUUCGGGGUGCGGGGGGGCCGGGAGGCGGACACCGAACAAAAGAGAGGGACGAGUAGGAGCAGAGGAGUGGCCGCGGUUGGGGUGAAAGGACGGACCGAGGCCGGGGUCUUGCGCUUUUUGGGUUUUUUCGCCUUUUUUUUUUUUUUUUCGGUUUUAUUUCUUUUCUUUUCUGGAGAGGAGGAAAAAAAUAAUAAUAAAAGACACAAAAAAAGCAAAAAAAAUUUAAAAAACCAAUAAAAAAACCAAAAAAAAAAUUAUGAGUAUUGAGGGGAUAUUAAUCAAACCUGAAGGGGAUACUGGAUCUUCCAGGAUUUAUUGUGGACUGUUGUUGAUAUAUGCUGUACAGUUAAAAAGAAAAAAAAAAACAAACAAAAAAAAACAAAAACAAAAACAAAAACCACAAAACAAAAUGCUUUGAAACUGAACUGAACCUUGUGUAGAGUGAAAAAAAAAACCAACAAAACAAACCAAACCCAAGCAAACAAACAAAUUCCACGCGCAAACACUUACCACAAGCAUUGUUACUCAUUUUGUAAAAUAUUAGUCUUUAUUUUCAUUUUUUGUAAAACUUAAAACAUCGUAUGCGCAUAAAGGAAAAAAAAAAGAAAAAAAGAAACAAGAAUUAGGGGAAAAUAACAUUUUCCAAAUAAUUAUUAAAAAAAAAAUGUCCUGUGUCUAUGUAUCUAUAUCUGUUUUGUAUUUUUUUCUGGUUCCAAACCAGGUUUCCUGUGAUUCUAUACUAAUAAUUUUUGAUAUAACCCUUUGCUUCUUAUAAUGAGUGCGAUAUAUGUUGUCGAAGCUGUUCUUCAAGAAUUAAAAUUGAAGUGAGAAUUUAAACAAAAAUAAAAGAAUUUAGCAAAAAAAAAUCAACUUAUCACCCCACAACCCAUGAGUCUUGUUGCUUGAAACAUGCCAACAGUUCAUCAAAAAAAAAAAAGAGGAAAAAACAAUAACAAAAAAAAAAAAACCGAAAUCCCAAACAAAACCAACACACAAGAAUUUAAAAAAAAAAAAUCUCCCUGGAUUUUUAACUCCUGUACUGACGUUAAGAGGGAGAACUUAAAGGAUAUGUGUGAGGGGUAACCGAGUCAUGUAAGCCAUGUGAUAUUCCAAACCUGUUUGACUGUAUGAGUUUAGGGAUGAGCUGUUGAGGCCUAGGGAGAGGGAGUGGAAGGCAUGGCACCACGCCCUAGGUGACCUUGCCUGGUUGGGACUGCAGGGUGGACUCUCCACCAAGGCUGACGAGCCCGCCACGCUGGCCUACCCCUUUUUUUUUGAAACAUUUUUUCCCCAUCAGCUGGAGUUUCUGCCGAGUUCACACCUUUGCUGCUUGCUCUUAGACACCAUGGGCAUGGAUUGAAGUCACCGUAUGCCACCAUGACAUACUGUCACCAUGACUCCUGCUUGUUGCAGGCACGGUGGUUUUCUGCUGUGAGGGGCUUGGGGUGGGGUUGUAUUUUGCUUGGUUUUUGAUUCUUUUCCACCCCAAGGACUCACAGACCCCGUUGUGUGCUCCGGCGUGCAUGCCUCGUGCUUGCUGUCAGCAGAAACAUCCCUCUUGCUGUUUCUCCUGAUUCCAGUUGCUGCGAGUGGAGGGUAUUCCCAGCCCAUUAAUAUAAAAAUCCAACUGGAUGCCUGCUCGUUGGGUGGUGAGCCUGAGUGUUUGGUGCGCAUUUGUGUGCCAUGGCCAUGCACAAAACAUGGGCCGCGGGACCCCACGCCAUGGCCGCCCACCACGGGGGCCAGAGCUCUGUGCCAAAAGCCCCACUUCCCUUCGGCUCGCCUUUUCUUGCAAAGAAAAUUAAAAAUCGUUUCUGUAAUGGAGCUCCUUUGAAGGUAAAGGCUUCACAAUGCUUCUAGCUGGUGGUGCAGAUCUCUGUAACAGCUUUCAGUGCAUUAAUGUUUUAUAGGAUCUGAGACAGAGCUGUAAGAACACAUACUACCAAGGGAGCUCUUUUUUAACGUAUUAAUAAAGCUGGAUCUUUAAAAAUAACAUUCUCCCCUUCACGCAGACACCUACCGUGCCCUCCAAACAAGCCCGGAUGAGGCAGGCUUUUCAGUUUGUGGAGUCAUGGGCAAUGUUUUCCUUUUAAUUUGCUGUCCUCCAUACUAUCCUUUCCUCUCUCUCUCUUUCUCUCUCUUUUUUUUUUUUUUUUUUUUUUUUUUUUUGCAUUAACAAGAUCCUUCAAUCCAACCCGCUUGGGGUUUUUAAUAUUCUAGGCGCAGCAGAUCCGUGGCGAGAGCAGCUCUAUACAGUAGGCACUUAUAGCUGGAUAAUCAACAUUGCGGGCAGAUCCUCUGUGGGGGUAGAGCCCAUUUCAGGAUGGAGAAGUGGACUGCUUUCAUAGGUGCUGGGGUCAGAGGGGUGGAACGGAUGAUUUCAGGCAUGGGCACACCAGGACGGAAUUAGACAGACAGACACCCUCCCUUUUCCCACUUGUAUGGAUGCUGCAUGGGCGUCAGCUUUGUUCCUCAUCCUGGUCUCCUUCCCUGGGCAGAGGGGGUCCAGCAGCCACUCCAGGCUGCCAGUGGGGAGUGAGUGGGGAGGCUCAGCCCUGGAAAGUGCUGAGAGCAACUCUUCAGCUUUGCUUUUCAUGGGAUGGGUGACUGGGGACCAAGCUGGAUUAGCAGUUAAAGCCAGAAACAGACCUCAAAACAACAACAAAAAAUCCCACAAAACAAAACAAAAAAACCCACACAAAGCCCCAGUAAACCAGACAAAAACUACAGGACAAAAUAAAUAAACCAAACAAAUGGGGAUAUCGGAAGGAAAGACAGGUCUCGGUUUCUUCCAAUGAGAUGUAAAUAUAUUCAUUACAGUGUUAUCCCACUGAUGAAAACAGAUAAACUUUUUCGUAGGUCAGAAACGUAUUUUUCAAUUAAUUUUCAUAUUUAUGAAUAAUAAUAACCCACCGAUUGCCAAGAAACUUGCAGGUGUAGAGGAGGUGUACAAGAUGCACUUAUUUCCAUGUAUGUGCCUAGAAAGAAGUGUUUCAAUCCCUUAUUAAACUUUGCUUAUAAGACAGUA